GAGUACAAGCCGAGGAACAGGAAACGCAUGCCCAUGAUCCACCGCGGAGCCAACCGUGAUUAUGAGGAGGCUGAGGACACCGGUGAGGAAGAUCCCAUGAUGACGGAGGAGAUCCUGCCAGAGAAAGAGAAAGCUCCUGAGAAGCCCGCCCCUAAGCAUGACGGGCGGCGGAGGAUAAAGCGGGACGGGCUCAUGAAAGUGUACAUCCUGCAGCUUCUAUCUCGGGUUAUUUUUGAGGUGGGCUUUCUCUUUGGCCAGUACAUCCUGUACGGUUUUGAGGUCGCUCCUUCUUACGUGUGCACUCGCAGCCCCUGCCCACAUACGGUGGACUGCUUUGUGUCACGUCCCAUGGAGAAAACGAUCUUCCUGCUGAUCAUGUAUGCUGUGAGCUGUCUCUGCUUGUCUCUCA